UUCAUCAGAUUUUUAUGGUAAAACAACUGGACAGCCCACUCACUCAUUAACACCUGACAUUUCCAUGGAGUCCUGGGAUCCAUAUAAACUAUAAUAAACGUCAUCCACAAUAUACAGGUAUACCAUAUACUGUAAGAUAAGUGAGUCAUUAAAGGGUCAUAGGAGAAGAUCAACAACUUCUUCCACUGAACUGUGACUAUUAUCUAGAAGAGAAACUGCUUCCAUUGAACUGAUUCUGUACAUAAACACUACAAUAACCAGGCACGUACACAGAGAGGGUUCUACAAGUACACAGAGAGGGUUCUACAAGUCCACAGAGAGGGUUCUACAAGUCCACAGAGAGGGUUCUACAAUUCCACAGAGAGGGUUCUUCAAGUCCACAGAGAGGGUUCUACAAGUCCACAGAGAGGGUUCUUCAAGUCCACAGAGAGUGUUCUUCAAGUCCACAGAGAGUGUUCUUCAAGUCCACAGAAAGUGUUCUACAAAUGCUCCCCCUCAAAAUGUCAAUACACGGCCCUGGCAAUUCUCCUGACGUGACCUACUAUGCUAUAGAAGUGACCUGGAAGUGUUUACCUCGUUCCAUGGAACUUUCCUGCCUCACCUGAGAGUAGAGGAGGUGAGAAACCGCCCUUUCUGGGAAAAUAACUGCAUUUUGUUUCCUCCCUCAAGGCUUAAAAUAAGAGCACACACUCUUCUCUCUCACACACACAGUUUUGUCGUUAGAUAGUUGGUCGCUGUGCUGACAAUCUUCCAGAACCUAUUCCUGACCUACGCUCCAAAGCACAGAUUUAGGAUCAGCUCAUCCUCAUCAAAUCCAAACCAGGACCUUAAUAAACCACAAGGGGAACACUGACCUCAGACCAGCGUUUAAACCCCACGUCUUCCUGCCCAGACACUGACUCUCUGUCUAGAGUUCCUCUGUGCUCCAGCCGUAUAUCCAUCCAUCCAUCCAUCCAUCCACACCCCAGCCAUCCAGCCAUGGGUCUGAUGAGUGAGGACAUGGAGUGCUGCGUCUGCCUCCAAUCCUACUCUCGUAGGGAGAAGAUCCCUCGGAUGCUCCACUGUAAGCACACAGUCUGUGGGCUGUGCUUGCAGGCGAUGUCCAGGCACCAGAGCGGCCUACUGACAGUCUGCUGCCCACUGUGCCGUUGGAUCACCUGCACCGAGCCCAGCCUCACCCUGCCGGGGUCGCUGUGGGUUAACACUGAGAUCUGGGACCAGAUACUAGACACACAACAGGAAGAGGAGGAGGAGGAAGAGGAAGGACAGUGGAAGGAAGCUAACAGACAGACACAGACCACUACACCGUACACAUGGUCUCCAUCAAGGCAUUGUGGCCUGAGGCUCAAACUACAGAAUUUCCUGAGGAGGAUGAAGCACAAUGUACUGUAAACCGAGAAGACGAAGAGCAGGGAUAAAGAAGACUGGAUGUUACCAUUUCAGAGUAGGAGAUACUCAUUGAGUAAUGAAGCUAAUUCACUAAACAGGACCGACCGGGGAUUUUCAAUAAUGACGCAAGAUUGAACCAAUUAUAAAUAUUCUUUGGGUUUGAUUGACUUUGCGUAUGUGUAAUGUUCUCAGUCAACUUACCUGGUAAAAUAAGGGUUAAAUAAUAAUGAAGGAUAGAUAGAUAGAUAGAUAGAUAGAUAGAUAGAUAGAUAGA